AUGUCUGACGGUCUCAACGAUGCCCGCGCCGUCCGUGUAGCGGAGAUAAUGACUGAUUUCCGCAACCUCCAACACUACCUUGUCCAAAUACGCGCCACACCGACAGCCGAGGAGUACUACCUAGAUGGCUACUCUCUUCUCCGACAGUGUACGAGCGAGGCUCAGGCUAUCCUCCAGACGCCAUUCGCCAGCAGCACUCCCUCGGGAACAGGUGACCUCGAAUAUGAGAAGCGGCAAUUGAAGGCUAUUAUCGUGGAUGCAGCUGUACGCCGCUUCCGAUGCCAGCGUGCCUACCUUCGAGCCAACGCUGGUCUCCGUUGGAUGAACAGCCGUCAGAGCAUCUUGCGUGGCGAGAAACCUAAUGCUAGUCAUAUGGCAGCAUUGCAGCAAGCUGAUGCCACAUUGAGGAAUGAACUCAUGGCCAUGACAGACGCAUACGUUGAAAAUACCCUCCGUGCCGCAGAUGCAGCGCAGCAAAAAUGGCUCAACGAUGAUCCCUCGCUUGCACAAAUUCAGCAGAUCAUUCUGUCUCAACAAUAA